GCGCGCGGCGCACGUGGGCGGGGCGGCCGGGCCAUGGCGGGCUCGGCGGGGCUGGCGCUGUGCGGGCAGCAGCUGGUGGUGCGCGGGGGCAGCCGCUUCCUGGCCACGUCCACUGCGAGCAGUUUCAGCGACGUCCCUUUCACGUACGACUGCAGGACCGCAGAGAAGCCCCGUGAGAGUCAGGGGGAGGACGGCCAGCUUGCAGACAGAGGGAGCGACACCAUCCUGGCCUGCACCUUCUCUGCGUCGGGCAGCUACUUCGCCCUGACCGAUGACAGUAAGCGCCUGGUUCUUUUCCGAACGAACCCGUGGCAGUGCCUGAGUGUGAGGAGCGUGGCGCGGCGCUGCACGGCCCUGAGCUUCACGGUGUCCGAGGAGAAGGUCCUGGUGGCCGACAAGUCGGGGGACGUGUACUCCUUCCCCGUCGGGGACCCGGGUGCCCCCGGCCACCUGGAGCUCGGCCACCUGUCCAUGCUGCUGGACGUGGCCGUCAGUCCCGAUGACUGCUACGUCCUCACGGCUGACCGGGAUGAGAAGAUCCGGGUCAGCUGGGCCGCGGCCCCGCACAGCAUCGAGGCCUUCUGCCUGGGGCACACCGAGUUUGUGAGCCGCAUCCUGGUUCCCCCCGACUGGCCCGAGCUGCUGCUGUCAUCCUCUGGGGACGGCACCCUCAGGCUCUGGGAGUUCCGCCGAGGCCGCGAACUGCACUGCUGCCCCCUGGCCGGCCUGCAGGAGCCCCAGCGGGUGGCCGCCUCCAGGCUGGUGUACUGGCGCCAGGAGGGCUGUGUGGCGCUGCUGUGUGAGGGCCUUCCCGCCGUGUCCAUCUUCCGGCUGGACGGCGCCGGCCGGCGGCUGGCCUUCUGGCAGCGGCUCCCGCUGCAGCACCGCGCAUGGGACCUGGGCCUGGAGGAGGGCCGGGGGCUGUGGGUGCUGCAGGACGCCGAGGAGGCCCCCCUGCUGCUCUGCAGGCCGGUGGGCGGCCAGUGGCAGCUGGUCCCCGACGACGCCGUGCUGAGCCGCGUGUCUGGCCUCCUGCGCUCACACUGGGCCGAGCUGGGCGGCUCCGCGGGCGAGAGCCCCGGCCUCCAGGGCCUGUACAAGGCUGCGUGUGACAACGUGGCCGCGUACCUGCACCGGAAGGAGCAGCGGCUGCUGCAGAGGAAGCGGCGGGCGGCGGAUAGCGGGCCGGCCAAGCAGCCGCGCGCGGGGGAUACGGCCCUGGGCUGCUCCUAGGGACCCGGGGCCCAGAACAUCCCACGGCGGGGAGAGGUGCAGCGGCCAGAGACGGGCGGUGUCGGGGCCUGGAGGGACAAGCAGCCGUGGGCUCUGGAUAGAGGCACCAGUGAGGACUCAGCCCGGCUGGACACUAGCCCCCCUGGGAAGUGAGAACACAGUGGUCCGGGGAGGGCUGGGACCCCCACGACAGCGGCCAGCCCCUGGGGCCGAAGCAGCCGAGCUGCGGGUGGGACUGCGUGGGCAGCUGUGGCCAGGGGAGCGCCGCGGUGUGAUGGUCUGGGACAGACUGGCCAUUGCACGUGGCCGCUUCCCAAGGUGGCCGUGCGGGCGCGUGUGUCCGAGCCAGGUGCCUGCGUGACUGUGAGCGCCCCCAGACGGUGUCGUGGCCCAUGCCCGCGGGCGGGCAGCCGAGCGCUGGCCCUGAGCCCUGGCCUGUGCGGGAUCUCGGUGUGGCCGCCCGCUUCUGGGAAUAAACACUCAGGUGUGAAAGCAGGACACCCCCUGCAGCCCCUCCGGCCAGCGACAGGACAGGACACUCAUCGUGGGCCUCUGGAGGCCUGUUAGGGUCAGGUCCUUGCAGCUGUGGCCUCAGAGGAGCUGCUGCCUGUCCCCCCUCGGUCACUCCCCGGCCAGCUGCCCAGACCCGCACUCGCUGCUCUGCGGCCAAGGCCGUCCUGCUGGUCAUGAGCCCGUGGUACCUGAUACCGUCCAGGCUGAGGGGGGGGCCUCAUGUGAGCCUGAGCCAAAGCGGCCCCCAGCCCAGCCCGAUGGGUGCCCUGCAGCCCUCAGCCUGGCCCAGCCCAGCCCGACGGGCGCCCUGCGGCCCCCAGCCCCGUCCCAGCCCAGCCUGACAGGUGCCCUGUGGCCCCCAGCCCGUCCCUGCACUGGCUGGUCCGGGGCUUCCCUGCGGGGACAGCAGUGGGGCUGGCCACUCCCCUGUCCUGGGUAAAGGUGGGCAGGGCUCUCCUGGUGCCACACUUGCUCCGCAUCUGAUGUGGCCUCUGCUGGCUCAUGUGUGUCCCCAGCUGCUGGUGGCAGUUAUGGUCCCCAUGGGACUGGCCCACCCUGCCUCCGGGCUAGCUGCAGCGCCCCAUGUGCCAGGCUGGGGGUGGAGGGCUGACCCUGCAGCGUGUCCCUAACCGCGGCAGCUACCAGGUGGACGGGCACGGGGCUGCCCAGGCUGCUGGGACAGUGCUGGCUGAGCGUGUGCCGGAGGGCCCAGUGAGAGACAGGGACAUCCCUGUGGGUCCCCAGGCGCUUGCCCUGCUGUCCACGGCCCCUGUAGGGAGGGCAGUGGACCCCACACUUGGGCCCCUGGAGGCCUGCCUGCGCCCCUCCGCCCCGUGCCGGGAGCCGAGUAGAAGUGGCUGCCCGGCCCCCCGGGAUCUCUGGGUGCCUCAGUCAGGGGCCAGGGGUAGCAAGGCCCAGGCACUCGCCUGCCUACGCCUGACCUGGCUCAGUCCCCAGCACGGCACAGGGUCUUCCGGCAUCACCAGGAGCGACUCCUGAGCUGCGUGGCCAUGGGCUUCCCAUCGCAGCCAUUCUGGGCCCCCGAGGGCCCUUCCCAGCCUGGCCAUCUCUAGUCCAGUGCUCAGAGCGGGGAGGGGUGGGGUCAGGCGCCUGACACAGGCACCCCCAGUCGAAGGGCAGCUCAGGCAAGUUUGGGUCUAGGUGCUUCUGCCCAGCCACGGGCCCUCCAGGGAAGGGGACAGCGUGUCACCACUGCCUGUCUGGCGUGGGGGUGGGGAGAGGACGAGCAGGUCCCUGUGGGAGCUGGGGGCUGCCCGGUGCCUCUGCCCAGGACCAAGCAACAGCAUGGGGUCGGCAGGGGUCACCGCUGUCCACCCUGUCUGGGCUGCCCUGGCCCUGCCAUGACGCCACGCACUGGCUUCAGGGUCAAUGGCCCUGGACCUCUCCAAAGCCAGCCGUUCUGGAAGGGAGUAGCCGGGCAAGGGGCUGCUCUCCGAGGGUCCCGAGUGUCCCCAAGGAGGACGGCAGACCCGCAGCCUCCGGGUCCCUGGCCAGU